AUGCUCCGGGACAUCCUAAAUGGGAGCCAGAGGUGGGCUCUGGCUUUUCUCGACAUCUCACUCCUCGGGAACAGCUCCACAGCCAUGGCUGAGCGACAGAUUCUUUCUUCCUGUUUUACUAAACCUGGAUUCCUACCAGAUCAGAUUUUAACCCUCAUCCACACGCCCUUAACACUCAGUCUUGGGUUUCCAGGGACGUCUGUGAAAUCAAACGCAGUCUGCUUCCUGGCAGAUGAAGCGUCUGUCAAAGUGGCGUCUGGAUUUAGUCCAAGCACAGAGCAAAGAUUUCAUUGGCGAGAGACCCAAGCCUCCGGUCCUGCCCAGGACCGAGGUAGGGUGGCUGGCAGGCAGGCAGAGGGCUCGUGCCUCUGUGUGGCUCACUUGCUGCUUUGCUUCACUUGGAAGUUCCAGACUUCACUCCCGGCCAGGUUUUCAGUGACAGGUUAA